AUGUCUAGCACAGCAGGGAAGACUAUAACAUGCAAAGCCGCUGUAUGCUGGGGCGCAGGCGAACCUCUCAAAAUCGAAGAGGUCGAAGUCGCGCCGCCUCAAGCACACGAAGUCCGGAUUCAUAUCUUGCAUACCGGGAUAUGCCACACUGAUGAAUAUACUCGUAGUGGCAAAGAUCCUGAGGGCUUGUUCCCUGUUAUUCUUGGACACGAAGGUGGUGGAAUAGUUGAGUCUGUGGGUGAAGGUGUCACAAAUGUCGCACCAGGCGACCAUGUCGUUCCAUUAUACACGGCUGAAUGUCGUGAAUGUAAAUUCUGCAAAAGUGGAAAGACCAAUCUGUGUGGCAAAGUGAGGACUACACAGGGCCAAGGCCUCAUGCCAGAUAGUACAAGCCGUUUUACAUGCAAGGGCCAAAAGAUCCACCACUUCAUGGGUACUUCGACGUUCUCCAAAUACACAGUAGUUGCAGAUGUUUCUGUAGUCGCUGUGAACAAAGCUGCCCCUCUCGAGAAAGUCUGCUUGUUAGGCUGUGGAAUUACCACCGCUUGGGGCGCCGUUGUGAAACAACAAGGAAUCAAGGGCUCCAAUGUCGCCGUCUUCGGUUGUGGGGCCAUUGGCCUCGGCGUCAUCUCCACCGCCUCGAUUGUAGGCGCCACGCGUAUCAUCGCCGUCGACACCAAUCCCAACAAAGAGGGGUGGGCAACGAAGAUGGGAGCUACAGAGUUCGUGAACCCCGCGAAGCUGCCCGAGGGCAAGCGGAUCCAAGAUCACCUUGUCGAAAUUACUGAUGGAGGCUUGGACUUCACCUUUGAUGCAACUGGUAAUGUCCAUGUUAUGCGCGCUGCACUCGAGGCUUGCCAUAAAGGUUGGGGUGUCUCAACUGUCAUUGGCGUUGCUGCCGCGGGACAAGAGAUAUCUACUCGUCCUUUCCAAUUGGUAACGGGUCGAACAUGGCGAGGAAGUGCGUUCGGUGGCGUGAAAGGGAGGACUGAGCUGCCAGGCCUAGUCGAAGACUAUUUGCAAGGUAACCUGAAGAUCGAUGAAUAUGUGACACACCACCGAAAAUUCGAAGAAAUCAACGAGGGAUUUGAUGAUAUGCAUGCCGGGGAUUGUAUUCGAUGUGUGGUUGACAUGUCUUGACUAGAGGGAAGACUUUGAACAAUGAUGAUGUGUAAAUAUGUAUCCAUAAUGGCACUGCAGAUUCAAAGUUGUAAUAAAAGCAAUGGAACAGGUUGAUACAGCAAGAAAAUACUAAGAUUUAUACGUUGAAAGAAAUAAACCAGAUUUCCAAGAUGAUUUGAUAAAAUGGCAAGGAUCUGUUUUGACCUCUAUGUGAUAAGAGCAAGAAACUACACCCCUCGCUGCGCUAGGACUCUCCCCUGCUUCGAACCUGUGAUAGCACGCCACAACACAACGAGGGCGGCGUUGACUUCUUGUCUCCGUGAAUGAGUUCUUCUCCAGAAAGUCCGUACAAUCGCAAGCAUGGCGAGGAUAAACGAAAUGUCCAAACAUAACCGUCGAACAAUGAUAAGUACUGGUGAUCGAUUCUCGUUGUGUGCGAAGAAGGCAGCAAGUUGUCUGAAGGUUACAGCAACACGGGAGAGAGGGUGAAGGAUCAGAGACCACAACCCCAUAUCGUCUAUGUCCCAUUCAAGCUCAAGAUCAUCAUUACCGAUGUUAUGGGGGCUACCCCUGCGCCAAGGAGAAACAGAACCUUUUGUAGAUAGAGAUAGGUUGGACCUUCGGGGUUGUGUGGGCGCUGCUUCGAGAACAUCCAGACGUUCGGCUAUGGAUGCUAAAUGUAUCUGUACGUUCUCUAUAGCGUGUUCCAAAGUUGGACGGGAGGCAGGUCUAGUAGGGAUUCCGUAUUGUCGAGGCGGUGGUGGAAUACUGGCUGUUGGGGGCCGGACAUUGACGUGAGUGUGAUGAAUAUUUGGUGUUGCCGUCC